AACAGAUGACUGUCAAAUGUUGACGCUUGCUACGAGGCGAGACUGAGGUCUGCCCUGACAGUCCUGCCCAAAACUUCUUCAUCAACGGGAAAGUAAAAUACAGAUAUAAGUGUCGCAAGCGGUUGUCAUUCAACCCUGCAUGGAAUAAACAGAAAAAGAUUGAUAGAAGCGGCAAGGUAGCUAGCUAGCUGGCAUGUCACUGACAGUGCUUGGGGGCUAUGCACAACGUUAGCCUACAGUACCUAGCUAGCUUGCUAACGUUGUUGAAUGGCAUGCUAGUAGGCAAUAGCACUGGGCAUAUUCUUCUUUAGCAUGUGGUUUAUCUAACGGCAGUAUCUUUCUUGCCCAAUGUGGGGACGAAAGAGACAGCUGGGACAUUGGCAGAAAGCUUGGCUAGCUGCAGUAGCUAACCAAGAACUGGUAUUGUGCCGCAGAUCCAGUUUCACCAAUGGCAGUUCUCAUCGCGGAGGACGCAAUGACACCAGACGAGGAGCCGCGGGGUGACUGACAGUCUUCAGGAACCCGACCAUCGAAGUAGCUAGCUACUACUGCUGACAAUCUGGGAACAUGGACAAUUUUUCCAAAUGCAUCCAGAGAAAUAUCUCUCCCAGUGGAUCAGAAUGUAAUGCAAGAAGGACGGAUCAUGUAGAAAAGCUUUCCAGGCAGACCAGCGCAUGUAAUGAACGGGAACCGCACACAUCAUGCCAACAUAACACGCAAAACGCAUUGAACCAGAAGGAAGCAUGACAGCAAAUUAACGUUUAUUUCAUCUUUGUAUUUAUUUUGCUGAACAACAUUUGGUUUAGUCUGGCUAUCACCACUGGUUCCCAGAUUUCAUGUACUAGUUCUAUCAACCGAUGUCUGAGAUCAGUCAGAAUUUAGAUUUCAUGAUGACGGUGGAGGGUUCCACAAUAAAGAGUCGGAUCAAAAAUCUUCUCCGCUCGCCAUCUAUCAAAUUGAGAAGGAAUAAAGAUCGGAACCAUAAAGAGAAUCUCAGUAACAAGGUCACAUUAGAGAAGGUGCUGGGGAUCACAGCAUUUGGGAACCGUGCUUUGGCCUGCGACCCUCGCUCCGGACUAGUGGCCUACCCAGCUGGAUGUGUGGUGGUGCUGCUGAACCCCAAGAAGAACAAACAGCAUCACAUCCUAAACAGCUCCAGGAAAACCAUCACCACUCUGUCAUUUUCCCCUGAUGGCAAAUAUGUGGUCACAGGAGAGAGUGGGCACAUGCCUGCUGUGCGGGUGUGGGACGUUGCAGAGCGGACUCAGGUGGCCGAGCUACAGGAGCAUAAGUACGGCAUCUCCUGCGUGGCCUUCAGCCCUAACAGCAAGUACAUCGUCAGCGUGGGAUACCAGCACGACAUGAUCGUCAAUGUCUGGGCCUGGAAGAAAAACAUUGUGGUGGCAGCCAACAAAGUCUCCAGUAAAGUGACGGCCGUGUCCUUCUCAGACGACAGCUCCUACUUUGUCACGGCAGGGAACAGGCACGUCAAGUUCUGGUACCUGGAUCACACCAAAUCCUCCAAGGUGAACGCCACAGUUCCUCUGCUGGGUCGCUCAGGGCUCCUGGGAGAGUUGAGGAACAACUUCUUCUCUGACGUGGCAUGUGGGAAGGGUCGUAAAGCCGGCAGCACCUUCUGCAUCACUUCCUCAGGCCUGCUCUGCGAGUUCAAUGACAAACGCCUGCUGGACAAAUGGGUGGAGCUAAGGAAAAACGUCGUCAUCACAACAUCUCAGGCCACGUCUCUGUCUGUGACAGAGGAGCUGAUCUUCUGUGGCUGUGCAGACGGCACCGUGAGGGUCUUCAGCCCUGUCAACCUGCACUUCAUCUGUACCCUGCCACGCCCACACUGCCUGGGAACAGACAUCGCCACCGUGGUGGAGGCUAGCCACCUCUUCAGCCACAAGAUGGACGCCCGGUACCCUGACACAGUGGCUGUAUCAUAUGACCCUGCGAGCCGCUGGCUGUCCUGUGUCUACAACGACCACAGCCUGUACGUGUGGGACGUACGGGACCUCAGGAAAGUGGGCAAGGUCUACUCCGCCCUCUACCACUCGGCUUGCGUGUGGAGCGUCGAGGUGUACCCGGACAGGGUAAGUGAUGGUGAGCAGCCCUGUUUGCCUCCAGGCUCCUUCCUCAGCUGCUCCUCAGACAACACCAUCCGUCUCUGGAACACUGACGGUCACAGCACCACCCUCAGCCGCAACGUCAUCAGCAACGACCUCCAGAAGAUCAUCUACAUGGACAACAACACGGCCGGCCUGCUGGACACAGAGUUCCUCAACUCGGGGAACGGAGAGAAGGCCGACCCCCAGACCUCAGAGACUAGGACGGGCAUCAGGACCAUGUGUGUGAGCCCCGACGGGCAGCACCUGGCGUCGGGCGACCGCACCGGCACCUUGAGAAUCCAUGAGCUGGUGAGCAUGGAGGAGAUUCUGAACGUUCAGGCCCACGACUCUGAGAUCCUUUGUCUGGAAUACUCCAAGCCUGAGACGGGUCUGAAGCUACUAGCCACAGCUAGUCGAGACCGUCUGAUCCAUGUGCUGGAUGCAGAGCAGGAGUACAGCCUGCUGCAGACGCUGGACGAACACUCCUCCUCCAUCACCGCCGUCCGAUUCGCUGCCAAUGACGGCAAGGUGAGGAUGAUCAGCUGUGGCGCUGACAAGAGCAUCUACUUCCGCACAGCGCAGAAGUCAGAUGAAGGAACAGUGUUUACCCGCACCCACCACAUCGUACGCAAGACGACGCUGUAUGACAUGGAUAUCGACCCCACCAGGAAGUACGCCGCUAUUGGUUGUCAAGACCGCAGCGUUAGAAUCUUCAACAUCAGUAACGGCAAACAGAAGAAACUGUACAAGGGCUCCCAAGGAGAGGAUGGCACUGUUAUCAAGGUUCAGACCGACCCCUCAGGACUGUAUGUGGCCACCAGCUGCUCAGACAAGAACAUCAGCAUCUUUGACUUCUACUCUGGAGAGUGUGUGGCCACCAUGUUCGGACACUCUGAGGUUGUGACUGGAAUGAAGUUCACCAAUGACUGCAAGCACAUGAUAACUGUGUCUGGUGACAGCUGCAUCUUUGUGUGGCGUCUGGCCCCGGAGCUCACCAUCAGUAUGAGACAGCGUCUGUCAGACCUCAAACAGAGUGGCAAGCCAGUUCAGAAGACACCACCUCACAAACCUUGCAAUCUCAGCACCAGGAGAGAGGUGCACAGAACCCCUCCCAUAGUCACCAUGUCCUCUGACAGCGACAAAGAGGUGGAGGAGGAGGGGAUAGAGGAGGAGGAGGAGGAGGAGGAGGAGGAGGAGGAAGAGAUGAUCUCUCCUUACAUGGUGUCAGGCUGCAGUGCAGAGGAAGAGACAGACACCUCAGACGAAAAGCAAAACUCUCUUAACUCUCACGGCAGAGAACUGAAAAGGGAGAGCUCUUUUGGCAGGCGUUCCUCCCAGGGCAAUCAUCACUGUGAGGAAAGGGGUCCCCGUCCGCGGCGCCGCUGGUCCAGAGGCAUGGUCAGCAUGGAGCUGAUGGUCAAGUCCAUGUUGGACCUCAGACAGCUGGAUUCCUUCGCCAUGCCCCCCUCCUCCCCCAACAAGACCAAGACCCAGCCGGAUGCUUUCAGAGACCCAUUCAGGGAGGAUGAACUGGGCAGCACCAUCAGCCUGCAACCCCUUACUGCAUGGGGGGAUGAGUCUGAGCAGAGGUCCCAGCAGCGACCCCACUACAUCAUGUUCUCUCCACAGACCCCAGAGACAGGCUCAGUGCUCUACCCCGAGGGCUGUGAGGACAGGGUCAGCUUAGCUGGCAGUGAGUACCUAGUGAAAGAGCUACUGCCCGGGCCUGAGACCAGCAGGAGUGUGAAGGGGUACCAGAACCACAGCCAGUGGAGCCAGGGCCACCAUGACAAACACAGCCCAGACAGCGCCUGCUCUGUGGACUACUCCAGCAGCAGACGGUCCAGCCCAGACAGCCAGCAGCAGCCUCCUGGAGAGAACUCUGAGCCCACAGAGCCUCUCAGUGUGGAUGGGAACUCCUCUGAAUUGGACAUGGAGGAACUGGAGGAGGAAGAGGAGGGGGGCGUAGGGAGGGGAGAGGCCAAGGGGACAACAGUAGUACCUAAGACCCCUGACCAGGAGGCCUUCCUCAAACAGCACUUUGGCAACCUGGCUGAGCUUAAAAACCCAGUGAGCCCGACCAGAGUUGUCACCCCGGACAGUGUCAGCAUCUCCUCCAAGUUCCUGUCCCAAUGCUCUCCUGGAAGGACGGCCUUUCCAUUCCCCUCGAAGAGCGCUGUUGAGGGGAAGGUAGCCAGCGGUGUGGUGAGGCCCCUGGUCUCUGAGGUGAGGCCCCUCAUGGAGCACAACCAGGGCCAGAGCCACAACCAGGGUCAGAGCCAAGGCCACAACCAAGGCCAAGACCACAGCCAGGACCAGAGCCACAGCCAGGGCCAGAGCCACAACCAGGACCAGAGCCACAACCAGGACCAGAGCCAAGGCCACAACCAGGACCAGAGCCACGACCACAGCCAGGGCCACAGCCAGGACCAGAGCCAAGAACACAGCCAGGACCAGAGCCAAGGCCACAGCCAGAGCCACAGCCAGGACCAGAGCCAAGAACACAGCCAGGACCAGAGCCACAGCCAGGGCCAGAGCCACAGCCAGGACCAGAGCCACAGCCAGAACCAGAGCCAAGACCACAGCCAGGGCCAGAGCCACAGCCAGGGCCAGAGCCACAGCCAGGGCCAGAGCCACAACCGGGGUCAGAGCCAAGGCCACAACCAGGACCAGAGCCACAACCAGGACCAUAGCCACAGCCAGAGCCAACUCCACAGCCAAGGCCAGAGCCACGACCAGGGCCAGAGCUAUAGCCAGGGCCAGAGCCACAACCAGGGCCAGAGCCACAGCCGGAGGAAGGGCUCAGAAGAAUCUCAGAAGGGCACUACCGCGAGACUAGAAGUAGUGGACACUAUGGAGAAGGGUCUGAAUCUCCGGGCCUCUCCUCUGAGGAAGAAGCUUUUUAACCCUGCAGUGGACUCCCGUAGGAUAGUCAGCCCUGUAGCCAAGGCUGCAGCAUCACACCUCACCUCUACAGGCAUGAGGAAGUCCCAGUCAGUCCAGAACCUGCACACUGAGGAAAUGCCUCUGAGCCUGUCUCGGCCCUCCAAGGAGGUAGCCCCUCAGCCCCAUCACUCCCAGGCCAACGAGCGUCCAGUGACCCUCCCCACAACCCCCCGCCGCACCCUGCCCAGCGUGCCCCCCCUCUGCAGCCCCACCUCCCCACAACCCCGGGACAUCACCAGUAGCAGUCACGGCACUGCCCCCACGCCCAGGAGCAUCAAAUCCCGCUGCUCCUACAUGAGCCCCACCACCAGCUCCAUGGCCAAGAUGUCCCGCUCCAUGUCCAUGGGAGACAGCCUAAACGUGGCCGAGGAAGAGUCUGAGUCUACAGAGUCACGCAGGGGGUCCAGCUCUGACACGUCAAAUGCUCCCACCAAGAGUCGGAGCUGCUCCUCCCAGAGCUCCCAGAGUCUUAGUACUAAACCGUCUACCCCCGUGGCCGUUGUCUCUUCCACCUUAUCCUCCUCCUCCCCUCUGGUGUUGGGUUUAGCCAUGCCCCAUGCUGCAGUUAUCCCCACCCUCAUCACUAGCUCUCCAAGCAACUCCAACCCCAGCCCAACCACCAAGAGUCUGCAGGCUAAGCUGAUGUGCAGCACCCGGCCCCAGCUCAACCUGGACAUCUCCAAGCCCCUCCCAGACAAGCCCUCCCUGGCGGCCUUCACUCCCAACAGUACCUCCAAGACCACCGCCUCCUCCAAAACUGUCAAAGAGGACACCGACCUCUCUUCCAGAUCUCCAGUCAGCUUGUUACCUCACCAGGGCCAGACUCAUCCAGUGCUCACCAACAAAGUCCAGCUAGUCACUGCACUGUCCCUCUCCCCAGCCGCUCCUGUGGAGACUAGCCCAGCUCGGAGUCCUGAGGCAGAGCAGCGGUUUCUCACCACGGAGCUGCGUCCUGAGGCCCCCGUGGUAGACAACAGGCUAGAACAGACAAAGAUGGAGGAGAGCCAGGGCCUGACCCAGGAGAAGAGUCCCACAAUGGAGGUGUCUCUACAGGGCAGUCCCGUAUACCUGCUGUCAUCUGGAGGUCCCGGCCAGGACCGUGCAGGUUUGCUCCAGCGAUCUCCCUCCUUCAUCCUGUCAUCUCUGCGUCUGGGCAUGCCCCUGGCCAACACCAAGCACUUUUUUACUACUGGUGCCGUGUGGCCUACCGUCUCAGUCUCCACCCCCAUAUACUCUGCACCUUCACCCUGUCCUCCGUCACUUAAUCAUUUCCUCCUGACGGACGGCUCUCUCAGUAUGGAGUCGUGCAGGGUGGUGGCCAGCGAUCUACAGAACACCUUUAGGAAGGCCUCCCAGCUCUACAGAAUGGUGAACAGUGUGCCUGUAGACUCCAGGCAGGAGCACCAUGAGAUGGCCCAGGUCCUGUCUGAGGCCUUUGAGGUGGUGAGGGCCGAGCUGAGCUCCCUGCCCCAGAGCUCACCCCCAUCCCCCUCUGGAGGACCUGCAGCAGGAGGCUCCCUGUGUACAGUGGGCUGCCGGCCCGUAGAACCAGGGACGGGGAGAUUAGCCUCAGGGGAGGAGAGGACUCUGGCUCUGCUGGAGCAGUACUCUGAGCUCCUCCUUCAAGCCGUGGAGAAGAGGCUGGACAACAAGCAGCUCUCCUAAAUACUCCUCUUCUUUCACACCCUUCCUUGAAGACUGAACCAACCAACCCUCUUGCAAAUGUAGGAUCGUAAGCCAUUGUGCAAGGAUAUCUGCAGACUACAGUACUUCUUUUUAUUUCAUUUCUUUCUCGACACGUUUUUAAAAUGAACAGAUUAAAAUAUUCCUGAAGGAUGCCUGUACAUAUUUUUUAGAAGUUCUUUUUUCUUUUUAAGCACUUCUCUCUCUUUCUCUCUGAUGCACCCUCUGGGUGGUCCCCUCUAUCCCUGUCAGAUCUCUGUAGGCCUAGGAGGGUUUGGGAGGGUUGUACUCAGCACAAUGGCCCACAGAUACUGAUACUGUAGGGAGACUCCUCAGGAUGAUCAAUGCCUCAGCAUUCAUUCCCAGUGUGGCUGACCUGCACUACAGACAGUCAUUCAUCACCCUUCCUCCCUCUAAUAUAGUGUGCUACCUACAGUACCUACCAGACACCUGCACUCUCACGACCACUGGUUUUGUUUACCCCUGUUGCCAAAUAUUGUGCCCUGCUACUUUGUUUUAAUGAAGUUGUUGUUAUGGAAAUGCCGGAUGCCCUAGAGUUGCUUAGCGUAGUUUUGCGGGCCCCUCUUGCAAGGUGUUCCCACAGAAAGAAAAAUGUGCCGUUUUAUAGCUUAUUUCAUGCUAUUUGACACAUAUUGCCAUGAGGCUGAGAGAAAAUGUUGAUGUUUUAGUGCUCAGGGAUUCUUGAAAGACGGGACAAUGGGACAAUCUCAACUUUUUUCCCACAAAGAUUUGUCUUAAUAUUAACAAAAGUUGAAAUCUAUAUUUUGAUAGACCAAAGUACCAGCUAACACAACAUGUAAAGAACUCAACUUCCAAACUUCAUCUCAGUGCUAGAGGCGUCACUACAGACCCUGGUUCGAUUCCAGGCUGUAUCACAACUGGCCGUGAUUGGGAGUCCCAUAGGGCGGCACACAAUUGGCCCAGCGUCGUCCGGGUUAGGGUUUGGCCGGGGUAGGCGGUCAUUGUAAAUAAGAAUUUGUUCUCAACUGACUUGCCUAGUUAAAUAAAUAAAUUAAAUACAAAUAUUUAGCACUACUAAAUGCUCCAGGACAAAUUUCUUUAGCAUUGUGACAUGUUUUUCUAGAUUUAAAACAUUAAGAAAGCAAACAUCUUUUAGGUCUAGCAAAUCAAAUGCUUCAAAUGUUUAAGCAAAUGUUACAGAGCAGUGAUGACAAUAUUUGUUCUGAAUAUUUACACAAAAAAACGAUGUUAAGGGGGUGGACCAUCGGUGACGUAAUUGACAAACCAGUGACGGAGUUGUGACAACCGAUGCUCAAAACAACAAAAGUUCAACACAAACAUUCAAUACAAAAUAUGGGAAAGGAUUCAUUUGAAAAUCUCCAAUAAAAACGCAGCUUUACAGACUAUGAGGGGGCUUGUUGCAAUACAUGAGGACAUGAAUGAGGGGUCCUUGUGAUGUCGCUGACCCUGCUCAUUCCUGAUUCCUUUAGGAUUUUAGACCAAUCUGACGGAGUUGACCAUCUCCGGACACAUCUUUAAGGAAUCCGUUUUGAGAUAAACAGGCUUUAAAGUCACAGAGGGCUUUUGAAAGAAACUACAUAAGAUCAUUUUUCAAUUAAUAUCCAUAAUUGCCUAUUUUUUGAAUUUUAAAUUGGGUUCCUUUGCUCCAGACAAGGGCAUUUCCAGGCAUGCAGCCGACAUGGAAAUUAAUAAUAUAUUCCCAAAACAAGUCCAUUUUAAGCUCAAAUAAUGCAAUUUAUAUUUAACUAUGAAAUUAAAGUUUCCCUGCCGGACAAGGAUUGUCCCAACUUUCAAGAAUCCCUAGGCAAAUGUCCUGUUAUUCUACACAUUUUGUCAUGAGGCUGAGAAUUUUUUUUUCAGUUUUAAAGCUAAUUUCCUGUCAUUCAAAUAAAAUAAUUUGUGGCUUAUGACGUGUUCAUAUGCUAUAUGGGGGGCUGGCGGGCCACCUGCCUUGCAGGGGCGUGUGCUAUACCAGCGGUUGGAGCUUGAUGCUGGCUGUUGUUUUGGGUAGCAGAAGCUGCACUUUUUGGACAAUCGGAGGGCGUUGCUGUUCAAUGCCAUUCCUGACCCCAGUGCUCUAAAACAAUACUAACAACUGUUGUCACUACAAUGUGAAAUGUCUGUGUUGGUGUACCUGUCCCUACCAGGGCUUUUGCCCACCGACACCAGGCCAUAGCAGCCUCCACACUAGAGGAACACAGGACCCUUCCAAGUCUUAAAAGCCAGAUUAAUCAGACAUAAUCAUGUUUUCGUGGGUGAUUUGAUACAUUGUGUUUUGAGAGGCCCUGUCUGUGUGUGAUGUGUGGUUGUAUUUAUUAUGUUGUAAAAGGUCCACGUUACAAAUGGAGUUGUCAGCCCCUUGUGAGUUGUAGUUUGUUUUGUACCAGAGCUAGGUCACCAGUGGGGGAACAACAUUGCAAAAACAGAAGACUUGAAAAUAUACAGCAUCAACUGAGAGUCUCCUCGUUCAUUAACUAUGCUGGAUGGUUUUAUAAAACAUGUGAAUUGUAUUCCCAGUACAUUUUUUGUAUUCCAAAUUGAUGUUCAAGGUGUGCAAAUAAUAAUACAAAAUGUCUCAAGGAAAUGGGUGCCUUAAUUUAAAACCAGCGUUUUUCAUAGUUUAAAAUGUGUUGGGUUAUACCAAAAUAAUAUUGAAUUGUAAUGAAAAGGCGACUACUGAAAUUGAGCUACUGCUGUGGGAAACCAAUGACACUGAGGAGAAACAUUUUCUGAUGACUGAAUACAGACAUCGCAUCUCGGAACCCAAACCGGCUGCACGCGUGCGCCAUCGUGCAAACAUUUAUUUUGUCCCCCCACACCAAACGCGAUCACGACAUGCAGGCUAAAAUAUCAAAACAAACUGAACCAAUUACAUUAAUUUGGGGACAGGUCGAAAAGCAUUAAACAUGUAUGGCAAUUUAGCUAGCUAGCUUGCACAUGCUAGCUAAUUUGUCCUAUUUAGCUAGCUUGCUGUUGCUAGCUAAUUUGUCCUGGGAUAUAAACAUUGAGUUGUUAUUUUACCUGAAAUGCACAAGGUCCUCUACUCUGACUGUUAAUCCACACAUAAAGCAGUCAACCGACUCGUUUCUAGUCAUCUCUCCUCCUUCAUCUUUUUCAUCUUUGAAUUUCUAUGGUGAUUGGCAUCUAAACGUUCAUAGUAUUACCACGACAAACGGCAAAACAGUUCGUCUUUCAAUCACCCAUGUGGGUAUAACCAAUGAGGAGAUGGCACUUGGGUACCUGCUUCUAUAAUCCAAUGAGGAGAUGAGAGGCAGGACUUGCAGCACGAUCUGCGUCAGAAAUAGGAAUGACUUCUAUUUUAGCCCUUGGCAACGCAGACGCUCAUUGGCGCGCACGAGCAGUGUGGGUGCAAUAAUUGAAUAACAUGGAUUUCUACAUUUAUUUUGCAACGCUCGCGCAUGCGACGUGUCUGGUCUGGUCAGCAUGUUAGGGUUGGGUUACCAGAGGUAAAGAACACAGAACAAAUCAGAUCAAAUCAGAUCAUAACAGAUCUUGCAUCAGAUACAAACCGUGCAGAAAACAUUUUUUUCCCACACCUCUUCCUCAACAUUUAUUGGCACUUGUCUGGCUGUGGUGUUUUCAUCCUGGUCCCUGGCACUUUUCCACCCCAAUAACAAUGCGCUUUCAUUCCUAUCAAAAUGGUCAUAGGUCACAUUAAUGUAUUUGUAAUAGCUUAGACUACUAAACUAAACCUGGGUCUCUGUGUAAUGGUGUAACUGUUGUGUCAAAGGCUCACAGAAUAAUAAUUGUGUUCUGAUGAUUGUGGCUGCAGACUAGCACAACACUGCCCUCUGCUGUUGAACCUCCAUCACUGCCCAGUUGCUACUAAAACAGAAAGCCCUAACACUUCCCUCCUACAAUUUCUCUGGUCAGGAUUAUUCUGUGCUGUGUUUUACAUACUUUUCAAUACACUAGUGCCCUGAAACAAUAUUUUAAUCACCUGUGCAUAAAAUAGUGUUUAAUUUCCUGAGUUAUUGAUAGACUUGUUAUAAAUGUACACUUAUUGGUAGAAAGUCUUAUCAGGUACCCAAAGGGUCUUACAGCCUCUCAAAAUGCCAUGCCUAGAACUCUGUUCUCUCUAGUUUUGAUUAAAGCAUUGUAUGUACAUGACUAGAAAUGGCAUAGAAUAAGAAUGAAGUAUAUUCUGCUGUUUAUUAGUUAUUCAGUAUUUCCCCAUCUGACUGACAAUAUUCAGAACUGUGACCUUAACUAGACUGGAGGUUUCAUUAAGAUGUAGGAUUGUGUUUGAUGGGACAGUAGUACAGGUGCACCUAUCUGCUGCCAGGAUGCAUCAGUAUUUAUGCAUGAAGGGUGGUGAGGUGUGGAGGUUGACCGACUGGCUCGUUCCUAAGUAGGAUUACAUGGUUCAACGUACCCUAGGCUUGUUUCACUGUAUGAGUCGAUCCCACUCUUUUUCACUAGCUGGUAUAACCUGUAGCUGACCCUCGUUCUUAAUAACCCCACCUUUUCUAUGAUGAUUACUUGUCUUAAACUACAGAUUAUGGACCAGAAUGUUCCUCUUUUAGGAAUGAUCACUUCAAGACAUUUUAUGAGCUUUUGUUUUCUGUUUUGUACCAACAACAGUUUAGUGUUUUUACUAUAUUCACUCCCUGUACUUCUCUUUCUGCUGGAGAAUAAAAACAUAUUUAUUACACUCAA